AGCUCUCGCGAGAGUUAAGUGAGUUGGCCUCUCCAAGACGGUGUGCUUCAUGGCGGUUACUGAGACUGCGAAUUUGUUGAAUUGUUAAAGAUUCCCCGUCAGUCAUCUUCCCCUUGGGGGCUUUCCUGCCUCAGUCUGGUGGACCCAGCGAUUAGCAGGUUGCGUAGGGAGGAGAAGCAGCUCUGACGAUGGAGAAUGGACAGGGCACAGGCUCCAAGCUCGGCCUGCCGCCUCUCACCCCAGAGCAGCAGGAGGCAUUACAGAGGGCGAAGAAGUAUGCCAUGGAACAAAGCAUUAAGAGUGUGUUGGUGAAGCAGACCAUCGCCCAUCAGCAACAGCAGCUCACCAACCUGCAGAUGGCAGCAGUGACAAUGGGCUUUGGAGAUCCUCUCUCACCUUUACAAUCGGUGGCAGCUCAGCGGCAACGUGCCCUAGCCAUCAUGUGCCGGGUGUAUGUGGGCUCCAUAUACUAUGAGCUCGGUGAGGACACCAUCAGACAGGCCUUUGCCCCCUUUGGCCCAAUCAAGAGUAUUGACAUGUCUUGGGACUCUGUGACAAUGAAACACAAGGGGUUUGCCUUUGUGGAGUAUGAUGUGCCAGAGGCUGCCCAGCUGGCUCUGGAGCAGAUGAACUCGGUCAUGCUGGGUGGGCGAAACAUUAAGGUUGGGCGGCCAAGUAACAUCGGUCAGGCGCAACCCAUCAUUGACCAACUGGCAGAGGAGGCGCGCGCCUUUAAUCGGAUCUACGUGGCGUCCGUCCACCCCGACUUGUCCGACGACGACAUCAAGAGUGUGUUUGAGGCCUUCGGAAGGAUCAAGUCUUGCACGUUAGCCAGAGACCCCACCACAGGGCGACACAGAGGCUUUGGCUUCAUUGAAUAUGAAAAGCCUCAGUCAGCCCUGGACGCUGUUUCUUCUAUGAACCUGUUUGACCUGGGGGGUCAGUACCUACGGGUGGGCAAAGCGGUGACUCCGCCCAUGCCCUUACUGACCCCCACGACCCCCGGUGGUCUGCCGCCUGCUGCAGCGGUGGCCGCAGCGGCAGCCACCGCUAAGAUAACGGCCCAGGCAAGUAUGAAUCCCUUCCAAAGGGAUUUAAUGGCCUUCCAGGAGGCUGUAGCCGGCGCAUCAGUCCUGGGGGCGUUAGCCGCACCCCAACUUCUCAGUCAGCAAAUGGGUAUUCCUCAGGCUGUUAUGGCUGCCCAGGCCCCAGGGGUCAUCACAGGUGUGACUCCAGUGCGCCCUCCCAUACCAGUGCUCCCGCAGGUUGGCCUUGUGAACCCGGUGCUCGCAUCACCGCCAGUCCUGUCUAAUCAAGGUGGUGGCUCCAACCAACAAGAGAGGAAAGAAGAGAAGGAGGAGCUGCUGCAGGACGGUACAGGGCAGGAGAUGUUGAGUGACCAAGAACACAUGAGCAUCUCGGGCAGCAGUGCCAGACACAUGGUGAUGCAGAAACUGCUAAGAAAGUCAGAGUCUACGGUUAUGGUGCUCCGUAAUAUGGUUGGACCUGAGGACAUAGACGACGACCUGGAGGGGGAGGUGACAGAAGAGUGCGGGAAGUUUGGCGCCGUCAACCGAGUCAUCAUAUACCAGGAGAAGCAAGGAGAAGAGGAGGAUGCAGAUAUCAUUGUCAAAAUUUUUGUAGAGUUUUCCAUGGCCUCCGAGAUGAACAAAGCCAUCCAGGCCCUAAAUGACCGCUGGUUCGGAGGUCGCAAAGUUGUCGCAGAGGUGUAUGACCAAGACCGUUUCAACAGUAGUGACCUCUCUGCGUAAAAAUGUCUGUAAUGGUUCACCUGCACCCAUCCCCAUACCUGUCCCCUAGACUCAUUUCAGUCUCUGCAGCUACAGAUGCGGGCCACUGAAACUUUGCAAUUAUGUUUUUUAUUUCUUUUCUUUUUUUAAAAUUGAUGUUUAUUAAUGUUAAAUGCCCCAUUUGGGGGGAUUCAUUAAAAAAUAUUUACAUGUCAGAUUUAGCCUUUUUGUUUAGAACUCCCUUUUUUUUCCUUUAUUACGCCGGUUCCAAUUUUUGUAAUCCAAACAUUAAUUUUCCUGCUUUGACUCAUUUUAUUUUCUUUCCUGAAGUUUUUGGGACACAUCCUUUCUAUGAUUAAAGGUUAUUGUUUGUCCUCAAACAGGUGUGAUGCAGUUUCUUUAUGAAUAAAGAAUCCUUUGUUUUGA